UCUGAAGAACACGAGCUCCAGGAAAACACCCUAAAAAUCAGCAAGAAAAAACAGGAGAGAGAAACUGUUAGAGAAUAGAGAGAGAAAAUUCAAGGAUUUCAGACGACAAAUUUCCAGAAUUCUUAAUACGAUGUUUUACAACAGAGGAGGAUACGGAGAUUAUGCUGAUGGUCGAGAAAUGGGUCCAAAGAGACAACGGUUGAUGGAGCAAGGAUCUUCAUAUUACGGUGCAUCACCUGGCUAUGGGGCUUCUCCUGGCUAUGGGGCCUCAACCCCCUAUGGAGCUUCACCUGGUUCAAGUAUCAUGUAUAACCCUACUCCGUAUGCUGGAUAUGUUAGCCAACUUCCCCCAUUCCCUGUUGUCCGACUCCGUGGUCUGCCUUUUGACUGUACUGAAGCAGAUGUUCAAGAGUUUCUUCGUGGUUUGGACCUUGUUGAUAUCCUAUUUGUUCAUAAAGGGGGUCGCUUUUCUGGGGAAGCAUAUUGUGUUCUGGGCUAUCCUAUGCAGGUGGAUUUUGCCCUCCAGAGAAAUAGACAGAAUAUUGGUCGGAGAUAUGUAGAGGUUUUCCGAGGCAAGAGGCAUGAAUAUUAUAAAGCUAUUUCAAAUGAAGUUUCAGAGGCUAGUGGUGUUUCUCCACGUCGUGGUUCUAGAGCAAAGUCAUAUGAUGAAGGAAAGGAACAGUUGGAACACACAGGAAUAUUGCGAUUAAGAGGUUUGCCUUUUUCAGCUAGAAGGGAGGAUAUCAAGAACUUCUUUAAAGAUUAUGUUCUUGCAGAUGAUGCUAUUCAUAUCACUUACAAUUCUGCUGGUAGGCCAUCUGGGGAAGCUUUUGUGGAGUUUCCUAGUCCUGAGGAUUCUAGGGCUGCAAUGGUUAAAGACAAAAUGACUCUUGGGAGUCGAUAUGUUGAGCUAUUUCCUGCACUUCGGGAAGAGAUGGAUGACGCAAUUGCUAAAGGAAGGGCAAAUUCUCAAGAUGACCUAAACGAGCCAAUUAAACAUACUGGAGUCUUAAAAUUGAGGGGAUUGCCUUUUUCAGCCACAAAGGAGGACAUAAUAGAAUUUUUCAACGGAUUUGUAUUGUCAGAAGAUUCAAUCCAUAUUACAUCUAUGUCUGAUGGGAGGGCAACUGGCGAGGCUUUUGUGGAGUUCGCUAGUGCUGAAGAUUCAGAGGCUGCAAUGGAAAAGGACAGAAAGUCCCUUGGAAGUCGCUACAUUGAGCUCUUCCCCUCUUCACAGGAAGACCUGAACGAGGCUCUCUCGAAGGGACGGUGAAAUUACAGUCAUUUAGUCAUGGCUUUCCUUUACCUUUUUCUUCUCUUUUUUUUUUUUUUUUUUUUUUUUACUCCAGUUCCUUUUUAUGACAUCGUCUUGAAUCCAGAAUAAUUUAGGGGCACUUUUAGAUGCUUUAUAUGUAACAUUUCAGAUUAACUUUGCAUCAUCAGAGCAUGUAUUUGUGAAUCUUAUUUUUAUGAAAACUAUUAAAGCAAGUUCAAGUCUUAA